CUUUUAUUGUGAAAGGAAAACAUAGAGGAAGUACUUCCCCACCUGGCGGAAGUCAAGGGAGCUACACAGCAAUGGCAGCGACCUUGUUCACUGCAUGGUGUUCUGAACAGAUUAGCUAAAACGCCUAAAAUGCUGUUGUAUGAACCGUAGUAGUUGACCCGUUUGUGUUUAUAGCAUCAGUGUUAAAGUCAACACCAUGCUCUCCUUCGUAAAGGCUGCUGUCGGCGGGUUUACCGGUAUCUGCAGAGCCCACGGUCACCAAGGUAACAAGUUAGCUAACGUUGACGUUAAAAUAACGUUCAUGUUAGCCGCAAUAACAACACUAUCUUUCUCUGCUGUCAUUACUACAUCCAACUUUAAGUGUUCAUCGGUGACCCUACAAACUUUUAAGUGAGAAGUUUAUAGACUGUAUUAUUUAUUUAUUAUUUAGUGUAAGUAUUGUCACAGUAUUUGUGGAAUGUGUACUGUGUUUUAUUGGUGCUAUCUAUCUAUCUAUCUAUCUAUCUAUCUAUCUAUCUAUCUAUCUAUUUAACAUUCCUUUUUUUCCUAUACAUGUCUUAUUUAUUUUUAUCGUUACUAUCAAUAAUUACCUGUUUUGUCUUUUGCUCUACAGGUCCUUUGCAUAGCCAUCUAAAAGUCCUUACUGCUGGACUGCAGACACACGCAAUACCUCCAGACUUCAGUGGUAAAAUGUUCUUACUAUCAUAUUGUCAUUUAUUUUUAAUGGCUUUCAUUCUCGACAAAAUAAAAGCAUUACGGGCACAGUCACAAUAGGGUCAUUUGCCCUGUACAGCGCCUGACUAUGAUUUCCAGUCCCUUGGCUUAGCUCCAGACUCACAUAGGCCUAAACAUUAUCAUGUUGCAGUCAUAGCUUUCCAUAUUUAUGUAGUGUCCCUAAUUUUCACGAAGCACCAUUCAGUGGACAACACCCCAGGUAACGUUACUGCAACUUUACUGACUUUGUGGCAGAGUUAAUGGUAAUAUUGAUAAUAUUUUAAACCAUGUAAAACAGCUUUUGAACACGCGCUCUGAAUGGCCACAGUCAACCCACACUUAACAGCAAUGAAAACCAACACUACUUGCUCCAUGAUCUGACAAACUAUAUUUAAUUUUUUGAUUAAUUUAAUGACUUAAUCUCUAAUGCAACCACGCAUAGUUAAACUGCACAUCCUGACGCACUGAGAGGGAUAGGAGGGAGAGAGAUCCUGUAGAGUUAUGUACCUGUGUUCAGUCUUAUGGAGUUGUCGAAUCAAUCAGCUGUAUGCUUUAUUUGACUUUGAAUAAUGCUGUCAUACCAUAAGCUACCCUGGAGAAAAGCUGUUCAUUUCCAAAGCAUCUUUGAUGUACAUUUUCAUCCAUAAAACCAGCACAGUCAGUGAAGUCAGUGUGGUGUAGAUUUCUCUUAACUUCAACCUGAUCAGUUGUAGAAGACCAAUACUGAGCAUGUCGUCCUCAUGUGCUGAUUGACUUGUGCAUGUUCUGCUAGUUAAUGCCAAUACCAAUGUUGUCUUUUAACCAUCUACCUUCUCAUUAUUUUGCCGCUAUGUCAAUUUGCGUUGGUGCUUGGAUAAAAACUUAAUAAAAGUCAGGUGCUUCACUGUGCUGUGAUUGUGCUGUGAUUACCUCUCCAAACCUUACCAGGGCCAAGGAAGCACGCACACUUCAACUAGACUUUAAGGUUCUUUAAGGGUCAAAUGUGCUUGAGUACUGUACUUGGUUGCCUAGUGUGAGUGCACCCUAAGACUUUCAUGGACCUCUUCCCUUGGUUUAGUCUCAAAGUCUUUUUUUACAAAUAGUGAAAAUUGGCUUGACACUAUCUCUUACAAUGUCUCUUGUGUUAUCCUGAAGAUGUGGUGUUGCCAGAGAAACCAAAACUGAAGCCUACCAAAAAAGUUCCCAACUUCAAAACGAUCAAGAAGGAGAUGAAGAACCUACAGGACAUCCAAGGACCAGCUACGGCAGCAAAUACCUUUAAAAAAGGACGGUAUGCUAUCGUGGUGAGUACAUGCACUCAUUUGGUAUCUAUAAACGCUGACGCCCGGUGAUAUGGAACACUGUCAGAUACUACAUCACCUGCUGUAUUUCUGUUUGUUUGAAAUAUUAGAUAUUGUUGACAGUGUUUCUAUUACAGAAUCACAACAAGUGGUUUUCAUGUCUCCUGUAUCUCUUUUUGACGUUUAGGCCAUGGGAGGGGGCUACCUUCACUGGGGUCACUUCGAGAUGAUUCGCUUUACCAUCAACCGCAAGAUGGACACAAAGAGAGCCUUUGCCCGGUGGCGCGUCAAUAGUCCAUAUAAACCAAUCACACGGAAAGGUCUGGGUCAGCGCAUGGGUGGGGGCAAAGGAGCAAUCGACCACUAUGUGACACCUGUCCGCGCCGGCCGUUUCAUUGUUGAGGUGGGAGGAAAGGUGGAGCUGGCAGAGGUUCAGGAGGCCUUGAGUCAGGUGGCGAAAAAGUUACCCUUCCCUGCCAAGGUGAGAGAACAGACGCAGUAAAUGAUUUGACUAAUUUUGAAGAUUGAUAACUGCUACAUGUCACAAUUUAGGGACACUCUUUGUCCCCACUUCAGCACCUCUCUACAACCUAUUUUUUAAAGAAAUGUUUAACCUUUUUAAAGGUUAAAAUGAUUAAAGGCCCUUUCACACCGGGACCAUUUUUUUCGUGCGAUUAUUUCAGACGUCAAUAUCUUUUUCGAACCCAUAUCCUGUCAAUACAAGCGUUCACAUCAGCAACGUUUUCCCAUCCUGCCAUAUUGCGGCAUUUAUUUUUUCGGAUCAUGGUUGAUUUUUCUAAAGUUUCGCAUACUGUGUCUCCACUUCUGACCAAUCAGAUUUCAUUUUGUUGUGACGUCAGAUUCACUGGUAUAUCCAACAUGGCCGACCGGCUGAUUGUUUACGUGUCGGAGAGCAGAGUGCUUUUUGAUAAAAGACACAAACAUUACAAAGAUAACGACCUGAAGGACAAUAUAGCGUUGGAUUUCUCAUAUGACGAUAGUUUGUGUGCUUUAACAGUUUGCUAAACGCCUUUGUUUUAACUUUAAUCUGUGCUAACGUGAGCUAUCGGUUGUUAACAUAGUUUCAUGUGCUUAUCUUAUCGCCUCUGAUUGGCUAUAAGUGCUGACCGUUUGGCUUGAGGGUGUGAUGACGUUUCCAGCUUUUCUAGCCAAUCAGAGGCAAAGGAGGCGGGACUUUCCCCGGGAAAAGUCUUCCCCGGGAUGCGUCUCCCCCGCCCCCGGAAAGUCGUAAAAUCGCAUCGGGCUUGAUGUGCAUAGUCAGGUCCGUCAAAAUUCACCUACAAAUAUUUCGUAAUUUCCCGUUCUAUAUUCACGUCGGCCCCGGUGUGUAAGGACCUAAAAGGGCAAUUUUUGCAGACUGCAUCUGUCUAAGAUAGUUUCAUUUCAUAAUCUAAAAGCUGAUAACUGAGAAGUUGACCCCGAGCAGAGCGAUCUGACUUCAGUUUGACUAAGUGAAAAUUGACCUCCUAUUCAAAACUGAUGAGGCCUCUUAACAUAAUGCAAUUCCUGACAUUUUACAGGUAACAAAAUGAUUGUGUUUAAUAUAGAUUAAAUACAGAAUCUCUUGAAUGUGAACUGAUUCUCUUUUUUUUUUUUUGUCUACAUUUUUAUUAAAUUCAGGUAAUGAGCAGAGAGAGCCAUGAAGCGAUGCUCAAGAAUCAGGCUGAAAAGGAACAAAACAACCAAAACCCUUGGACCUUCAAACAGAUAGCACAAGGCAACAUGCUGGGUAUCAGGAGAAUUCUCAGCCCCUUCGAUGUACGCACUCAUGGACGCUUCACGGGCAAAUUUUAUUUUCCAGGGAGGGUGUAACCAACCUGAGUGACUGAAACCAUUGCAGUGUCAUGCUGUGACUUCAUACAGGCCUCGACGAUGAGAAAGCCGCUGUAAUUUAAAAUGUUGUUACUUUUGGUGAUGUCUGGAAAUCUUUUCUACCGCCAACCCCUCCUUUUUUUCACAAAAUCAUUGAAUUGAUUGAAUCUGAGGGUUAUUGUGAGAAAUGUUUAUUCUCCUUUUGUCUUGAUAAACCAAUAAACUACUGGGAAAAAAAGUGUUGCUUGCUGCUCAAAGUAUUGAGUUUUUCUGUGUAAGUCAAAAAGAUGUGAAAGAGGAAACCAAAACAGAAAUCCACAGUUAGGCAUCUUCGUACAGAACCGAUAUCUCAAAAGUAUUUCAGUUCUGCAACAACGAAUUACUGAAAACACGCUUCUGUUGAUAAAUACACACGUGUCUCGCAAAAGGGGAGAGUGGGGUGAGAUGAGCCAUUUUUCGUAUUUCAGAUCACUACAUCAAGGCAAUCAUAGUUUUGUCUCUAACUAGUGUAUCUGCAUAUAUUUAAAGAUGUUGUGCAUCCCUGCAAACCAACAGAAUGAGUGUAAACAGAACUGCCUUUAUAAUCUAGCAAGCAAAAAAAAAAGUCUCCUAUGGUCAACUUACCCUGUGUAUGGGGUAAGUUUACCAUAGGAGUGGGGUAAAUUGAGCCGUAUCCCUACUAAAAUAAUCUUUUUUGGUCUGAACACAAUUCUAAUAGAACUUAUGACAGACUAAAUUCACUUUUAAUUGUGCAAAAUGUUUUUUUUUGUAAAUAAAUGUCUAACCGCUUCACUCAUGUGCUUCUAA